AUGGGAAAUCAAUUCCUCACCUUGUCUCUUCUCCUUGUAAUAGUCUGCGUUUGCGUUUCCCUCAUCACCACAAAGCUUAACCCGAAAGAAGCAGUUGUAUCACCCUCCGACGAUUCAGUUUCCGAUUCUUCGAUUCCCACUGAGAUUCACGGAGUCAAGAUCUUCCGACAACCUUCCGAUACCAAACUUGCUCAAUUAGGCGUCGCCACCUGGCCCACGUGGGAAGGUAGUCCAAGCAAGUUUCCAUGGACGUUUAAGAAGACAGAGACGAUGUACUUCGUGGAAGGGAAGAUCAAAGUGUAUGUAGACGGAUACGAGAAAGAAGAAGAAGCGUUUGAGAUAGGGAAAGGAGAUGUGGUUGUCUUCCCUAAAGACAUGAAAGUUGUUUGGGAGAUAACUGAAGCUGUGAAGAAACAUUAUAGCUUAGAGGAGUAG